AAAUAUAUAAAAUGAGAAAAUACGAUCCCUCUCUUCCUUGGCCCCGAGUUUUUCAUUUCUUAGAUCAAAUCCGAAAGUCGUUUAUGUUUCUUUUUUUUGGCUGUCAACUCUGAUCUCACUGGCGAGUAAUUGAUUUUGCCGGGGAGUUAGCGGCGGUAGGUUGGUCAGAAAACACGGCGAACUUGUUGAAGAGUCCGGCGGUAGAGCUAUCUGGAUUGGCAGAAGGUGGAGAUGGGAAGUAUGAACAACAGCGUGGAUACGGUUAAUGCUGCUGCUACUGCGAUCAUCUCCGCUGAGGCUCGUGUUCAGCCUCCGACGCCUCCGAAACGAAGAUGGGGUAGCUGCUGGAGUCUGUACUGGUGUUUUGGAAUCGGUUCACAGAAAAACAGUAAGCGUAUUAGUAAUGCUGUACUUGUUCCGGAACCUGUGGUACCGGGAGCUGUUGCUGCUGCUGUUGAACACCGACCACCUUCAACCACAAUGGUAUUACCUUUCAUUGCCCCUCCAUCUUCUCCUGCAUCUUUCCUCCAGUCCGAACCUCCAUCACAUAGUCAAUCUCCGGCUGGAUUACUCUCUUUAACUGCCCUUUCAGUCAAUAACUACUCCCCAAAUGGACCUGCAUCCAUUUUUGCAAUAGGCCCUUAUACAUAUGAGACCCAGUUGGUCUCACCUCCAGUUUUUUCUGCCUUCACCACUGAACCAUCAACCGCUCCUUUUACUCCUCCUCCUGAGUCUGUGCAAUUGACCACACCCUCCUCUCCUGAAGUGCCAUUUGCUAAAUUGCUGACAUCUUCUCUAAGCCAUACUAAUAGAAGUUUUGGGACUAACCACAAGUUUGCACUAUCUCAUUGUGAUUUCCAGCCUUAUCAACCCUAUCCAGGUAGCCCCGGUGCCUAUCUUAUAUCACCUGGAUCAGUAAUUUCAAACUCUGGUACAUCUUCUCCUUUCCCUGAUAAGCACCCCAUUCUUGAGUUUCGCAUGGCUGAUGCUCCCAAGCUCUUGGGUCUUGAACAUUUUACAACUCGCAAAUGGAUCUCGAGAAUGGGUUCUGGAUCUUUAACGCCGGAUGGUACUGGUUUAGGUUCUAGGUUAGGUUCGGGAACUUUGACCCCUGAUGGUAUGGGUAUGGGUUCGAGAUUGGGAUCUGGAUCUGUGACCCCAAAUGGCAUGAGACAAGAUUCAAGAUUGGGCUCUGGAACCUUGACGCCUGACGGUUUGGGGCAUGCCUUGCAAGAUGGUCUAUUGUUGGACAACCAAAUAUCUGAGGUGGCUUCCCUUGCCAACUCAGGAAGUGGAUGUCCAAAUGAUGUGACAAAUCAUAGGGUGUCAUUUGAGUUAACAGGCGAAGAUGUUGCACGUUGUCUUGCAAUUAAGUCAAUGACAUCCAUUAGAACCGAAUCAGAGUCGUCUCCAAAGUGUCAUCAAAAUGAAAACAAAGAAUCAUCAUCAAGAGAAGCUGAAACUUAUGAGUUCUUUGACAUCAAGACGACUUCUUCCACAGCACCCGAACAAGCUGCAGGAGAGGACAAUCGAUGCUACCAAAAUCAACGAGCUGUAACUCUCGGUUCGUUCAAAGAGUUCAACUUCGACCGAACAAAAGGAGAAAUGCAGAAUACAGCCUCGGUCGGUGCAGAGUGGUGGGCGAACGAAAAGGUGGGUGUGAAGGAAGCCAGUAGUCCAGGCAACAACUGGACUUUCUUCCCAAUCUUGCAAUCUGGGGUCAGCUGACUUAAGAUCUUUUGAAUGUACAUUUGAAUGUAAUCUUCCUUUGGAAAUUGAAGUUUUAGGAAAAGAAUGUUUUCCAAUAGACAGCAGAAAGAAGAGGUAGUUAUUAGCGAUAACUGAUAUGGGUACUGAAGGAGCAUUCUUUAUCAUAGUGCAACAAGUAGAUGAUUCAUAGAAGCCUUUUAUUCUUUGUUGUCUUGUAAAAUAAUAUGAAAUUUCAUUCUUCCCCAACAAUGAAACUUCCCUUCUUCAAAA